UUUGUCUCUUUGCUGUUAGAGACAUUUUGUCAGGAGAAGAGAUUAAUUAUAAUUAUGGAGAUUCAGAUUGGCCUUGGAGAAGACAGCUCUAAAUUAAAAUACAGUAAUGCUGCUUUAAAGGUGGCUGUAUCAUCCCCACCAAAAGAGAAAAGUGUCCAGAAUGACAGCCAGAUACCCCAGUUGGAGUCUGGCUACAUAGAGGCAAUGGAUGACUCGCAUGCCAAAAAAAAUAAGUCGCUAAUGGACAAACAAAUGACCCAGGCUAGUGACAGUUUUGGUGAAGUUAUGACUGCGGAGAGAAAACGGAAGACCUCUGUGGUGGCUGUAUCAUCCCCACCAAAAGAGAAAAGUGUCCAGAAUGACAGCCAGAUACCCCAGUUGGAGUCUGGCUACAUAGAGGCAAUGGAUGACUCGCAUGCCAAAAAAAAUAAGUCGCUAAUGGACAAACAAAUGACCCAGGCUAGUGACAGUUUUGGUGAAGUUAUGACUGCGGAGAGAAAACGGAAGACCUCUGUGGUGGCUGUAUCAUCCCCACCAAAAGAGAAAAGUGUCCAGAAUGACAGCCAGAUACCCCAGUUGGAGUCUGGCUACAUAGAGGCAAUGGAUGACUCGCAUGCCAAAAAAAAUAAGUCGCUAAUGGACAAACAAAUGACCCAGGCUAGUGACAGUUUUGGUGAAGUUAUGACUGCGGAGAGAAAACGGAAGACCUCUGUGGCAAUGGAUGACUCGCAUGCCAAAAAAAAUAAGUCGCUAAUGGACAAACAAAUGACCCAGACUAGUGACAGUUUUGGUGAAGUUAUGACUGCGGAGAGAAAACGGAAGUCGUCUAUGGCACGAUUACAGAAACUGAAAAGGCACCAUAACAAAUGUCUAGAACACUAUGUGAUGGAAGACAAUGAACGAAGGAGACUUGAAAAAGAACGGACCUUGCUAUUGUGUAAAGUUAGUCAGAUUAAUGAAAAGCUUGAAUCUGGAUCUGGAUUACCUUCUGCCUCUGAUGAAUUUGGUCACCUAUCAGCUGAUCAGGUGGAGGAGACUGUGAUGAACACUUACAGUUCAUCAGAUGUUUCUGAAUACACUGACUAUAGUGAUGUAGACUAUGUGCCAGAUAGCGACGGAAGCUCCUCUGAUGAGUCCAACCAAAGUAUUUCUCUAUCUCCCGAUGUCAAGAAAACCCAAACCAGCCAAAGAUUUCCAGAAUUAUCAAGACGAAAACAACAGAUUCACAAUGAGCCUACUAAGACCAGAAAGUCUUCUCAAUUGUUAACCCAGGAUUUCCCACAUAGUGAAGAAAGUGUUUUUGCUUGUAACUCCAUCAGUGUGCCAUCAUCUCAAAGUGUACAGGGGAAAUACACCAAGAAGCAGUACUGCUUAUUUUGUGGAAAACCAUAUUCAAAAAUAGCAAGACAUUUAGAAUCUGCCCAUAGUGAUGAGAAAGAAGUUGCAAAAGCUUUACAAUUUUCGAAGAAUUCCAGAGAACGUCACAUCCAACUUAGCAUUCUGAGGAAACGUGGAAAUUUCACUCAUAAUGUAGAUACUGUUAGAGGAGGAUCAGGAAACAUGGUGGCUUGUUAUCGUCCCACAAAGACCAGAAAAGCUAAAGAUUACAUACAUUGCCUUCACUGUCAAGGUCUGUACUCUAAGGGUACCGUUUGGAAAUCCAUCGGAAGGUGGUAA